CGCGGGUGAGGCGGCGCGGCGCGCGCCCUCCCCUAUGGGCCACCUGCUGUCGAGGCCGCCCCGCCGCCGCCUGACCCGCCGGGCGCCGCCGCGCGGCCGCUUCCUGCGCGGGCCCUGCGCGCUCUGCUUACUGGCGCGCGCCGCGGAGCCGCCCCCGCCGCCGCUCCGCCGCCCGCAGCGCCUCCCGCCGCGCGCCUCCCCCGACAUGGUGUGCAAGCGCAAGGGCGUUGGGCUGCCGGCCUGCCCGCCCUGCAAGCAGCCGCGCUGCGCCGCCGAGGAGAGCGGGGCCGCCCCCGCCGCCGCCUGCCAGUGCCCCCAGCAGCCCGCCUCGCCGACCCCCGCCGCCAGGCACGACGCGGAGCAGGGCGGCGAGGCGGGCGGCGAGGAGCGGCCCGGGGAGGGCUGCCGGGACGCGGCCCCCGACAUCAACCAGCUGCCGCCCUCCAUCCUGCUCAAGAUAUUCUCAAAUCUGUCCCUGAAUGAGCGUUGCCUUUCUGCAUCACUAGUCUGUAAAUACUGGCGUGACCUCUGUUUGGAUUUUCAGUUUUGGAAGCAACUGGACCUCAGUAGUCGUCAGCAGGUCACUGAUGAGCUGUUGGAAAGGAUUGCAUCAAGAAGCCAGAAUAUUACUGAGAUCAAUAUUUCUGAUUGCCGCAAUGUAUCUGACAUGGGAGUAUGCAUAUUAGCAAUUAAAUGUCCUGGACUCCUAAGGUAUACUGCCUACAGGUGUAAACAGCUUUCUGACACCUCUAUUAUUGCAGUUGCCUCUCAAUGUCCUCUUCUUCAGAAAGUGCAUGUAGGCAAUCAAGACAGACUCACUGAUGAAGGUUUAAAGCAGCUGGGUUCAAAAUGCAGAGAACUGAAAGACAUACAUUUUGGGCAGUGUUACAAGAUCUCGGAUGAAGGAAUGAUCAUUAUAGCUAAAGGCUGCCUGAAGCUGCAAAGAAUAUACAUGCAAGAGAACAAAUUAGUGACGGAUCAGUCAGUGAAAGCUUUUGCUGAACAUUGUCCUGAGCUGCAGUAUGUUGGUUUUAUGGGCUGCUCUGUUACAUCAAAAGGAGUCAUUCACCUCACCAAUCUAAGAAAUCUUUCCAACUUGGAUCUACGCCAUAUCACAGAACUGGACAAUGAAACCGUGAUGGAAAUAGUAAAGAGAUGCAAAAACCUUAAUUCCCUCAAUCUGUGUCUGAACUGGAUCAUUAAUGACAGAUGUGUGGAGGUGAUUGCCAAAGAAGGCCGGGCCCUGAAGGAGCUGUAUUUAGUAUCCUGUAAGAUCACUGACUAUGCUUUAAUAGCCAUUGGACGAUACAGUAUGACAAUAGAGACAGUGGAUGUUGGAUGGUGCAAAGAAAUCACAGACCACGGAGCCACCCAAAUUGCACAAAGCAGCAAGUCUCUCAGAUAUUUAGGGCUGAUGAGAUGUGAUCAGGUGAAUGAAGCCACAGUGGAGCAGCUAGUGCAGCAGUAUCCACAUAUAACCUUCAGUACUGUACUACAGGAUUGCAAGAGGACAUUGGAACGGGCUUAUCAAAUGGGCUGGACACCCAAUAUGUCUACUGCCUCUUAAGCUCCUAUACCAACAUGACAGUUCAUGCUGCAUUCAGUAGAUAUAAUGGGGAUUGCAGAGGGUUCACAACCUUUCAUACGAUGCAAUAUAAUUGUGAGUUUACAGAGGUUACUGUAAAAUGGCAAAAUCUGUACACUGACUAAUGUACUGUACAACUAUGUACUAAUAUUGAAGCAAAUCUUUAAAAAUACAUCGUAUUUUUGUUUGCAUAAAAGAUAUGAAAGUCUUUGACUGAUUUCUUUAAGCGUAUUCCUACUAGUUCUUGGGAUAGUUUGAGUUAUAGGAAAUGUUCAGCUUGUUUUCCUCUAUUUACUUUACUUUGCCGUGGUCAAAUAUGUUUCCUUCCAUUUCUAUAUGGUAACUCAGUGCUAGCACCAGUGCAGUUGAUCAACUAUGACUAUGUUGUUAUGUUGCUGAAUUGGGAAAUUCAGAUGAAUGGGUAUAAGCCAAUAACAGGAUUCCUCUCGUUUCCUGUGUGCUUGUUAUUUUACAACAGAACUUAUAAUGCAAGGAAUGCUUA